UUCACAAUCAAAGAGAACAAAACAAUAGGAGGAGAAAAGAGGAGGCUUUACCUACCAAAACGCCAGUCACUUCCGAUUUCUUCUUCGAAAUCUCUUAAAUUUCUUCUGAGGAUUCACUUCUCUGUUGGGUAUUUGCACAAUCCGUAAAAGAUUCUUCCUUUCGCCUUUAAAUCGUCUCUGCUGCCUUUUACUCAAAGGCGUCUCUGUAAGUUUCAUCGCAAGCCAUCAUCAUCUAUUUCAAACAUCUCCAAGGUUUUGAUUUCCACCAUGGCAACUACUCUUAAUGGCAACGACAACACCAUGGCUCCAGAGCCUCGAAGGACUUACCAAGUUGUGGUAGCUGCAACCAAACAAAUGGGUAUCGGUAAAGACGGUAAAUUGCCUUGGAAUCUGCCUACUGAUCUCAAGUUCUUCAAGGACAUAACUCUGACCACGUCCGAUCCCGCUAAGAAAAACGCUGUUUUGAUGGGUAGAAAAACGUGGGAGUCUAUUCCGGCUAAGCACCGGCCGCUCUCGGGCCGGCUUAACGUUGUUCUAACUCGUUCUGGAGGUUUUGAUAUAGCCAACACUGAGAAUGUUGUGACUUGCAGUAGUGUAGACUCUGCUCUUGACUUGUUAGCUGCGCCGCCUUAUUGUUUGUCUAUUGAGAGGGUGUUUGUUAUAGGAGGUGGUGAUAUAUUGAGGGAAGCAUUGAACAGUCCUAGUUGUGAUGCUAUCCACUUAACUGAGAUUGAUACUAGUAUUGACUGUGAUACGUUUAUACCUGCGGUCGACACUUCUGUUUAUCAGCCUUGGUCGUCGUCGCUUCCAAGAAGUGAAAAUGGACUUCGAUUUUGCUUCACGAGUUAUGUCCGUGUAAAAAGUUCUGCUGAAGAAUCCUCUGAUGAAAGCAAUGGGUCACAGUCUCUUCAGUUUGAUGGGAAGAAGUUCUUGUUUCUUCCUAAGAUGAUUUUCGAUCAGCAUGAGGAGUUCCGGUAUUUGAAUCUCGUUGAAGAUAUCAUCUCAAAUGGCAACUUGAAGAAUGAUAGGACCGGGACUGGUACAUUAUCAAAAUUUGGUUGCCAGAUGAAAUUCAAUUUACGCCGAAGUUUUCCACUUCUAACAACAAAGAGAGUUUUCUGGAGAGGUGUUGUUGAGGAACUUCUAUGGUUCAUAAGCGGCUCAACCAAUGCAAAGGUCCUUCAAGAAAAAGGUAUCCAUAUUUGGGAUGGGAAUGCGUCAAGAGAGUAUCUCGAUGGUAUCGGCCUGUCGGAAAGAGAGGAAGGUGACCUUGGACCUGUAUACGGAUUUCAGUGGAGACACUUUGGUGCUAAGUACACAAAUAUGCAUGCUAAUUAUACUGGCCAAGGAGUUGAUCAACUCGCUGAUGUAAUCGACAAGAUUAAGAACAAUCCUGAUGAUCGACGUAUUAUAAUGUCGGCUUGGAAUCCUUCUGAUCUCAAGUUGAUGGCACUUCCUCCAUGCCAUAUGUUUGCACAGUUCUAUGUGGCAGAAGGAGAGCUCUCAUGUCAAAUGUAUCAGCGUUCUGCGGACAUGGGCCUUGGUGUGCCGUUUAACAUUGCUUCCUACUCUCUUCUUACUUGCAUGCUAGCUCACGUGUGUGAUCUUGUUCCUGGUGAUUUUAUCCAUGUUAUUGGGGAUGCUCAUGUGUACCGUACUCAUGUGAGGCCUCUGCAAGAGCAACUUCAGAAUCCACCAAAGCCUUUUCCUGUUUUGAAGAUAAAGCAAGAGAAGAAACACAUUGACUCUUUUGUGGCUGCUGACUUUGAACUCAUAGGCUAUGAUCCACACAAGAAGAUAGAGAUGAAAAUGGCCGUUUAGAGCCCAUCUAAAGUGAUUGAUGAGACUAAAAGCAGACAAAUUUGAUUGUGCUGAUUCCAUUGACAGAAAGCUUUCUUUUUUCAUGUACUUUAGGGGAUGUAAAGUGUAUAAUUGAAUCAGAUGAGUGGCCCUCAACGUCUGGACUUGAACACAUUUUUGUCGGUGAUAACUUACCACUGAUAAAUGUGUUGGGAUCCUUUAGUUCCACAGGGUUCUAAGGCGAUUUAGGGGUUUAUACUUCAUGAAUCAUGACCAUACUCUUUUGCUUGAUGUGAGUUUCCUCUCUGAAAUCUCUUAGCUCGAUCUUACUA